UGAAGAAAGCUUGACUCACACUUUGGAGAUUGGAUACCAAGUCAACAAGAGAAAAUGAGAAAUUGCCUAGCGAUAAGAUGUUUACCAAUCAGAAACCACGGAUUGUCGUGUGCUUUGAGGCGAAAGCAACGAAUAAAAAAGAAGCAACCAAGCAAAUACCAGAGAACACAGAAGCAGCACCUUCCUUGAUAUAUUAUUGCUUUGCUGUUGUCCGGAAUUCUGCCGUCUCAAGCAAACGUUUGAUAAUUUCCACAUGGCCAUGAGCAGGAGCAGGAGGUUACUGUCCGCUUUCCCUAGGGAGAUGCUUAAUGAGCUUGAAAAUCCAAAAUUCAAGGAAUCUCUGUUGAAACAUAUGAAGAUGGAUGUUCCGCGGCAGUUGUUGCUGACCAUCGUUGCUGUGGCCGAUGACAUGGAAGCGAAUAGCUCUGCUACUGCCAGAUCUACAAGCAGGGACGUGAUGGAAUGGUUCUGUCACUUCCAAGAUAUGAUGUAUCUUUUGGAGGAGGUUCUGCACAAGUUCAGAUCCGGAGAAGCAGCAGGUGCAGAUGCCAAACCCGAACUUGACCUCAUCUUUCGGAGAUUCGAAAUCAUAGCAAGACAGAAGCACCUUCUCUUCCAGACUGCGGAACAAGAAGAAGAACAAGGUGAGCAACCACAAACUUCACAUCAGAAGCUAACACUUGACAUUUAUUGCAAAGAAAAUGAUGAGAUGGUCCAAUUUUUGCUGUCCGAUGAUCGAGCGAAUGGUAGCACUGGCGUGUCUGUGAUUGCCAUCGUUGGCAUGAACGGGACUGGAAAGACCAGACUUGCUGACCUUGUUUACCAUGAUGAACGAGUCAAGUCCUCUUUCAACCUCCGUGGUUGGAUACAGUUUCCCAAAGAGCUUGAUGCUGAGAGUUUGGCCAAGAUAACUCUCGAUAGUUUCAAUGAAGAUUUUCACUAUGACGACAGUUUAACUGAACUGACACGUCGCCUAAACAAGUGCUUGCAGCGGCCCAAAAAGGUUCUUCUAGUGUUGGACGAUGUUGAAGAUCUUCCACAUUGGGAAACCCUUCGGCCAUGUUUUGCUGGUGCUGCCUGUGGAAGCGCGGUCAUCCUCACCACAUCAAGAGGGGAUGUUGCCAUCAAGAUGCGUUCAGAUUACGUCCUGUCGAUUGAAGAUUCGCCUUCUUUGUCUCUACAGCAUGAUUUCGGAGAACGUGAAAGCCUGGGACUGGCGAGAAAGUUUGAAUCUGGAAAGCUAUCUCUGGUUGCUGAUGAAAAUGAAGCAAGUAGUAUCUUGUCCGACCCCUUUCUCACGCUGAAUCCUUGGUCUCUUAACAACCUAGUUUCCCUGAAACUUACAGGGGCUCGGAAAAAAGAUUUGCCAAAUGGGAUUGGAGAACUACGAAGGCUUGAACACAUCGACCUCUCUUUCUCUGACAUAUGCACGCUGCCUGAUUCAAUUAGCGCCUUGUCUCAUUUGCAAACUUUGAAGUUGUCUUUCUGCUGCUAUCUCCAUCGGCUGCCAAGUACUCUGGCGAAUUUGGUUGGAUUGCGUAAACUGGAUCUCAGGGGCACCAAGCUGGAAGACAUGUCCUUAAAGCUGGCAAGUUUGAGAAAUCUUGAAACACUACAUGGCUUCAGCGUGAAUUCAGGGUCGAAUUUGGCAGAGUUGGCUAAUGCUUCAAACAUUCAGACACUGAGCAUCACAGACUUGCAGAACAUUGCCGAUGCUAAUAGUGCCUCCAAAGCUAGAUUGAAAGAAAAGAGUCGUCUAGAAAGUCUUACAUUGAGAUGGAAUCAACUGCGCUUUGCUGAAUGUGAGCAAGCACUAGAAUAUUUGGAGCCACCAAAACAGCUAAAAGUGUUAGAGAUUUCAGGCUGUCCUGAUAGAAGAUUUCCAUACUGGUUAGGAGACGCCUCGUUUGCGAAUUUGAGGGUGAUUUGUAUUUAUGACUGUAAGAAUUGUGAGUUCUUGCCACCACUUGGACAGCUUUCGUCUCUUGAAGAGCUAUAUAUUCGAGGGUGUGACAAUGUAAGAUCAGUAGGCAAUGAAUUCUAUGGACAGUGUUCUUUGCAUGUUCCAUUUAAGUCCUUGAAGAUCCUGUGGUUUGUGGACAUGCCUAGUUGGAAAGAAUGGAUUCUCUUAGAUGAUGAAAGUCUUCAGUUUCCAUGUCUCUGCGAGCUUUACUUGAUACAAUGCCCGCAGUUGCUGCAAGACUUGCCUAAGUGCCUUCCUUCUCUUAAAAAGCUUGAAAUAUUUCAAUGUGAUCGCCUCGUGUCUCCACCACCCAAGAUACCUCAUCAAGUCCAUGAAUUGAUGGAACAAAAAGAGGAACAAGAACAAGGCUGCACUGAGAUUCUUGCAACAAGUGUGACUCAAGUGACUUCAGAAUCCUCCUCACACCAUGCCACAAUUAUAAUGCCUCCUGUCGCAAAUGGUAAGAAUGAUGAAUUAGUUUCAGAUGAUGAUGGAGGCAUGGUAGAUUUUGAGUCUUCUUUUGAAAUUGUGAAGAUUGCAGAUGCAUCAGAGCUGUGCAACUUGACAUCCAGAAUAAAAAGCCUUAGAAUUGAAGGUUGCCAGUUCCUUGAGUCCCUACCAGAUGAAUUUCUAAAAGAUUGUUCAAAUAUCAGAGAGUUAUUUUUUAUUGAUUGUUACUCUCUCAAGAACUUCUCUGAUGUUCUGCACCCCAGUUCCCUGAGAACAAUUUAUAUCCACAAAUGCCCAAAUUUAGAUUUCCUCAUUCCUCUCGGAACACACAAGAAAUUUGCAUUCUUGGAAUAUCUUUGCAUAAGUAGUAGCUGCGAAUCGCUCGCCUCCAUAUCCAUAAACCUUUUCCCGAGACUCAGAACUCUUUAUAUCAAGGAUUCUCCCAAACUAGAGUCAUUUUCAAUAGCCAAGGAACUUCGUGAUCGAAAUCUGAAACUUGAGUCGUUGGAAAUCCGGGACUGUCCUAAUCUGAUAUCCUUUCCAGAAACAGGAUUGCCAACUCCUUACCUUAAAUCAAUAUCAAUAUCUAAUUGCAGAAGGUUGAAGUCACUGCCCAAUCAUUUAGCAAAUCUUACAUCACUUCAAUCAUUGCUUAUAGACAAAUGUCCAGAACUUGAAUCUUUUCCUGAAGGGGGCUUGCCAUCUAGUUUAAGUUUACUUUCUAUCACCUUUUCUGACAAACUUGCACCUCAAAAGGAGUGGAAGUUGGAUACACUUCCCUCAUUAACUCAUUUUGAGAUUGAAAGUGGAUGCAUUGGCAUGAAGUCAUUUCCAAAUAAGGACUUUUUGCCAAGAAAUCUCAAGUCUUUACGCUUGAGUAAACUUUCGAGUCUCAGAAUCUUGAAUGGCACAGGGUUUCAGCAUUUGACAGCUCUUGAGACAUUGGAGAUCAACUGUUGUCAUGGGCUAUAUUCCUUGCCAGAAGGGAUGCCAUCAUCCUUGACUCGUCUUUGCAUCAAAGAGUCCCCAAUAUUGUCCCAUAAACUCUUGCAUAGAGCGGGCGCGGAGUGGAGCAAGAUAGCUCAUAUUCCCAACCUACAGAUUGAUGAAGUUAAAAAAGAAGGGGAAAUCCCUGAACAAAAACAAAAAUUCGGGGAAAAGAGAUUUGUGACAAGAUCAACAUAUUUGGAGGGAGGAAAAGGCAUCUUAGAUGGAGAAAGCCUCAAAAGCCAAAAAUUGGAUCAAAGAAGGAAAAGGAUGCCAAUGGUGUCAGAUGUAUCCUAUGAAUCAGACUGGAGCAAGAUAGCUCAUACUUCCAAUCUUCAAAUUGGUGAUGGAAUCAAAGAAGGAUCAAUUGAAUUGGAAGCCAGCUUAAAGGGUGAAAGUGUGAACAAAGAUGAAAAAAGCUUUACCAGCCAGCAAUGGGACCUAAGUUUAGUUACAAAGAAAAGGAUGCCACCAACAUUAAAAGGUUUCUACGACCUUCAACCUGAUGAUGAAGUAGUUAAAAAAGGUGGAGGAGGCCGAGGCCGCGACCAUGACCCUGGCAGAUUAGAUGACACUUGGACCUCAUCAAUGGAAGCAGAAGUUCAAACUGUCCAUGGAAUCUCAAAGAACCCUUUCAGCCACAUAACUAGCAAGGGAAAAGAUAGAGAUUUGGAGGAUUUCACCCUGCAAAAGUUGCUUGAAUUGACCGAAAACUUCUCAGAGGACAAAAUGAUUGGGAGAGGAGGCUUUGGAUCAGUAUACCAUGCUACACUGCAAGAUGGUAAGGAAGUUGCAAUAAAAAGAGCUGAAAUCUCUCCCAACUAUGAAGAUGAGAAGGAGUAUGGCUUUGUGAAUGAGCUUCAGAUUCACUCAAGACUCCACCACAACAACCUGGUUGGGCUAUUAGGAUUCUGCCGUGACGCGAAUGAGCGCAUCUUAGUGUAUGAGUACAUGAACAAUGGCAGCCUCCAUGAUCAUCUCCACAGCCACCAAACUUCUUCUGUUCUAAUGUCAUGGCCGGCACGGAUCAAGGUAGCACUGGAUGCAGCAAGGGGGAUAGAGUACCUCCACCACUAUGCUGUCCCACCAAUCAUUCAUCGCGACAUAAAGUCAUCCAAUAUAUUAUUGGAUUCCAAGUGGACAGGCAAAUUGUGUGAUUUUGGAAUCUCAUUGAAGGGUCCUGAAGAUGAGGACACACAUCUUUCAGUUGAAAUAGCUGGCACACCAGGCUACUUGGACCCUGAAUACUAUAUAACUCAAAGGCUAACCACAAAGAGUGAUGUUUAUAGUUUCGGGAUUGUUUUGCUAGAGAUACUAACUGGAUGCAAAGUCAUACAUAAAGAUGAUAAUGGGGAGCACAGACAUUUGGCAAGUUUUGCAGUACCAUAUAUUGAUCAAGAUGAGAUUUUCAAGGUUUUGGAUCCAAGAAUGCCACCCCCAAAAGCUGCUGAGGAGUAUGUGGGGUAUUUAGCAGCAGAAUGUGCACGCGCAGCACCUCGAGACAGACCAACUAUGGCUGAAGUUGUAAUUCACUUGGAAAGAGCAUUGGCUGCUUGUUUGGCCGUACCAGCAAUAUGAAGGAAGGUCCACCAUUAAUUCUUUUAUAAGUUUAGUACAAAAUUCAUGUCAAUUUCAUAGUUACAAACUUGCAAAAGUAAUUUUAGUAUCAUCAAAUCAAAUCAACAGUUAUUCCCUCAUAAUAAAGUUUCUCAUUAAUAAAGCGGUUUGUAAAUUUACCACCAUUA